GGAGGGAGAGCCAGGCAGGGUAGUCCGGGCGCUGGGCUCUACCGUUGACUCGUCACACAUAAAUACUUGUCUGCACGGGGUUACAAGGACGAACGGGGAAAUAUAGAUACACAUUACCCUGGUACAUUCUUUUACCUCCCUCGACAGCAAAUUCAGAGAAUGCCUGGAUCAGCCUCAAUCAGCUGUUUGGGACCAUGGCCCAAAGAUGUUGGUAUCAUUGCCAUGGAGUUGUACAUCCCUUCUCAAUAUGUCGACCAGACUGAACUUGAGCAGUUUGAUGGAGUUUCAGCUGGAAAAUACACAGUGGGCCUGGGCCAAGCUGCCAUGGGUUUCUGCUCUGAUCGAGAGGAUAUCAACUCUCUGUGCUUGACUGUGGUACAGAGACUAAUGGAGAGAAAUGGCCUCUCCUAUGACAGUGUGGGACGACUGGAGGUUGGGACAGAGACAAUUAUUGACAAGUCCAAGUCUGUGAAGACUGUCCUUAUGCAGCUUUUUGAGGACUCUGGGAACACUGAUGUUGAGGGUAUUGAUACAACCAAUGCUUGCUAUGGUGGCACAGCAGCGCUCUUUAAUGCUGUCAACUGGGUGGAGUCCAGCUCAUGGGAUGGACGUUAUGCUUUAGUUGUAGCAGGAGAUAUUGCUGUCUAUGCCACUGGAAGUGCACGACCAACAGGAGGGGCAGGUGCUGUGGCGAUGCUUGUGGGGCCAAAUGCUCCUUUGGCCUUUGAAAGAGGUCUUCGAGGAACCCAUAUGCAGCAUGCAUAUGACUUCUAUAAACCAGACAUGGUUUCAGAGUAUCCAGUUGUUGAUGGAAAACUUUCUAUAGAGUGUUACCUGAGUGCUUUGGACCGUUGUUAUUCUGUGUACCGUAACAAGAUCCAUGCACAAUGGCAAAGAGAGGGUUCAGAAAAGCAUUUCAACCUGGAGGACUUUGGCUAUCUAGUAUUCCACUCUCCUUAUUGCAAACUUGUUCAGAAGUCACUGGCAAGGUUGAUGCUUAAUGACUUCCUGAGCCACCCAAACCCAAACAUGGAAGUGGGACCUUUCACUGGCCUGGAGGCCUUCAGAGAUGUCAAGCCUGAAGAGACUUACUUUGACCGAGAUGUGGAGAAGGCCUUCUUGAAGGCCAGUUCUGAGCUGUUUGAGAAGAAGACUAAACCCUCGCUACUCAUUUCAAAUCAGAAUGGAAACAUGUACACCCCAUCAGUCUACGGUUGCCUAGCAUCUCUUAUUGCACAGAAAACUGCUGCACAGCUAGCUGGUCAAAGAAUUGGUGUUUUCUCUUAUGGAUCAGGAUUUGCAGCCACUCUGUACUCUCUUCGCAUCACUCAGGACCAUACCCCAGGAUCCAAUUUGGACAAACUUGUCAGUAGUCUAAGUGACCUUCAGGUCAGACUUAAGUCACGGAAGAAGGUUUCCCCAGCUGUCUUUUCAGAAAAUAUGAAAUUGAGGGAGGAAACUCAUCAUUUAGCUAGCUAUGUUCCCCGUGGUCCAGUGGAUGAUCUCUUCCCUGGAACAUGGUACCUAACACGGGUGGAUGACAAACACAGAAGGGAAUAUGCCCGCCGACCUGUGGAAUGUGAGGUGAAUGCAGAGGCUGAGAUUGUUUGCUCAAGUACAGAGCAUAUCCCAAGUCCAGUCAAGAAAAUGCCUCGCAUCCCUGCUCCUGCGCCUGAAGCUGCAGUGAGCAGUUAGACGGCCCAUUUACCUCUGAGAGGUAUUGAAAGUCCAACCACUUCCAGACCAGAUUAGAAAACUGAACUGCCUGGACAAUGAAUUAUCACCAUUAUCAUAAUUGCUGUCAAAUGUGGUCAUAAGGAUCUUUCAUCAUUUCUAUGUGAAACUUUUUAUGGGCUGGUUCCAGCCUGAGCAAAUACAAGGUUAUCUUCAAAUUCAGGAUCCCCUCUGAUGGAGCAAAUGGGAGAGGCACUAUAUAUAUGCAAUAACAUUGAGCUGAUGCUGCUUCCAUGGGAACUCAGCCUAAGCUCUCAUUUUAAAGCAGAGCUCAUUCUCUAUACCUCAGUUUUAAUUCAGGAUGCUGCACCUUCACCUUCGGCAUAUGUUGCUUACUUAAUGCAGUCAACUGGAUUGAGUUUAUAAUAGUCUACAGUUCCUGGUGAGCUUAAUUCAUGUGCUUCACUGCACUAUUUGUCCUGUUUGUUUUUAAAACAAAUAUUGUGAUCAACAGGUAUAUGAUCAACUUAUUGUACAGUUUUUUUUCAUACACUAAAAUGUUUGUUGUUUUGGGACAGUUUUAUGAUGUGGUACACGUCCAAGAAGCAUUGUAAUUAUGUUGUAAUGUAUUAUAAUCACAAUAUUCUGAUGAUGAAAGACUUGAAACACAAGGAUAUAUGAGAGUCACCAAAUAAUUCAACCUGCUUAGGAAAAAGUGCAACAUUCAGCUUUUAUUUGUAAAGCAACUUGAGUUGCGUUAACCAUGUCACAGAACUUAGCAGUGUGAGGUACCCAUAUCCAAACGCCUACAUUUUUCACUAUGUUGAUGCAAUCAUGUGUCAUCUUUGACUAAGCCUUAAUAAGCAAGGGCUUUUGUUUUUGAAACCUGCUUUGUCAUGUAAUGUAUUAUACAUACAUAGUUUUAUUUUUGUGAUUCAUUCUGAUAUUUAGUUAUAAGAGUGGUUGCACUCAGAAGCAAUUUUUUAACUGACAGCAUUGACUUUGUUGGUGUAUCACAGGUGUUAAUGAUAGAUAUAUAAAGGAAAACUUAAGAAAUAAAAGGACCGUUCUCUAAAAGCCUUAUCUGCUUAAUAUUCUUAAUUAUACACCCACUUUAUUUCUGCUGUCAUGUCACCGUAUCUACUAGAGGCCAAACCUUGUAGAAAUGUAUCAAAAUUGUAAUAUUUAAACUUGAUAUGAAUGGAGAAGUAAUGUAAAAAAUUUGAAUAAAUGUAUAUUCAGUCA